AUGCACAUCAGGAAAGAACUUAGCGAAUAUGUCUCCCGUCGAGGCACGACUGGACCCUACGCUGAUAACCUCAACGUCGAUGUCUUGAUCGUGGGAGCCGGCUUCGGCGGCAUCUACUGCCUUUAUGAAAUGCGGAAGCUGGGUCUCAAGACCGUCAUAUACGAGGCCGGCGACGACGUUGGCGGCACCUGGCGCUGGAACUGUUAUCCAGGAGCCGCGGUGGACUCGGAAAUUCCAGAGUACCAGUACUCCAUUCCAGAGACCUGGAAGGGGUGGACCUGGUCGACGAACUACCCCAACUACGAGGAGCUGAGACGGUACUUUGACCAUGUUGACCAGGUGCUCCAGGUAAAGAAGGACUGCGCCUUCAACAGCGUGGUGGUGGAGGCCCGGUUUAACACAGACGAGGGUCGCUGGCACGUCCAAACGGCCGAUGGGAGAAUGGCGUCCUCAAAGUACCUCAUCAUAGCCGCUGGUUUCUCUGCAAAGCGAUACAGCCCCGAGUGGCCGGGAAUGGAUGAAUUCCAGGGCAUCGUCCACCACUCCUCCUUUUGGCCGGGCGAGUACACAAUCGAUGUCCGAGGGAAGCGCUGCGCGAUUAUCGGCACCGGCGCGUCAGGCGUCCAAGUCACGCAGGCCUGGGGCCCAAAGGCCGGCUCGCUCAAGGUCUUCCAGCGGACCCCCAACUUGGCCAUUCCCAUGCGGAAACGCUCCCUAUCCGUCGAGGCUCAGCAAGAAGCCAAAGCACUAUAUCCAGAACUGUUCUCCCUCCGCGAGAAGGCCUUCGCGGGAUUCUUGUAUACAUUCUCCGAAAAGAGUCUAUGGGAAGACAACGAAGAAGAACGGGAAGCUCUUUUCGAGAGGUUAUGGGCAGAAGGGGGCUUCCGCUUUUGGGUCGCCAGCUACCGCGAUUACCUCUUCGACCCCAAAGCCAACCGCAUCGUGUACGACUUCUGGUGCAAGAAAGUCCGCCAGCGCAUCGGCGAUCCCAAGGCCCGAGAGCUGCUCGCGCCCCGCGAGCUACCGCACUACUUCGGCGUCAAGCGACCUUGUCUUGAGGAAAAUUACUUUGAGCAGUUCAACCGGGAGAAUGUCGACGUCGUCGAUAUCAAGAAUAACCCCAUCGUGGCAUUCACCGAGACCGGCAUCAAGCUCGAAGAUGGCUCCGUACACGAAGUCGAUAUCGUGUGCGUCGCUACCGGCUUCGACGUUACCACUGGAGGUAUGACCAGCAUGGGAUUGACCAGCAUCCAUGGCACGACACUCAAGGACGAGUGGAAGGACGGCACGUACACGUAUCUUGGCCUAACGGUCAGCGGAUACCCCAAUAUGUUUCAUCUGUAUGGACCGCAAGGACCGACGCUGCUCAGCAAUGGACCCACGACCGUGGAGGUCCAGGGCCGCUGGAUAGCAGAUGCGAUCAAGCAGAUUGAGCGGCAGGGGAUCAAGUAUAUUGAUCCUCUCCCGGAAUCAGCUCGCGCUUGGAAGAAACGGAUCAAUGAACUUUCGGACAUCUCGCUCUUGCCUACUACCAAGUCCACGUAUAUGGGUGGAAGCAUCCCUGGGAAAGUGUUUGAGCAGGGAAAUUAUGCGGGCGGUAUACCCCAGUAUCUGGCGGAGAUUCGCACCGCUCUCCCGAAUUUUGAAGGGUUUAAUAUUGUUAAAUAUUAG